AUGGGUCCGAGAAUUAUUGUAUCAGAUAGUCAGGAAUCUGUUCAUUUCUUACGUUACAAAUCAAAUGAAAAUCAACUAAUUAUCUUUAGUGAUGAAACAACCCCUCGUUAUAUAACAUCAAUAUGUUUAUUAGAUUAUGAUACAGUUGCUUGUGCUGAUCGCUUUGGGAGUAUAGCUAUUCUUCGAUUACCAAAAAAUUUGGUUGAGGAAGUUCAGGAAGACCCUACAGGUGUUCGGGCACUUUGGGAUAGAGGAAAUAUGAAUGGAGCUUCUCAAAAAUUGGAAUUAAUUGCACAUUUUUAUAUUGGAGAUUUAGUAACUAAAUUACAAAAACAAGUAUUGUCCCUGGUUCUGAUGAUUCUUUAAUUUAUACAACAAUUUCUGGUUCAAUUGGAAUGCUUGUUCCUUUUAUUUCGAGAGAU